CGAAUUUACAUAACAUCUGUGAAGGAUCAUUCAUUCUGGGCCUUCCUGGUUUGGUUUGGUGAAGAAGUGAGGAUGGCUGCGGUUAGAUUUGGAAUAAUUGCAAGAUCAAUGAAAACAUCUGCUGCUCAGCAGCAGAUGGUAAAACCACCUGUGCAAGUUUUCGGACUUGAGGGGAGGUACGCAAGUGCUCUCUACUCAGCAGCCUCAAAGUUGAAACAGUUAGAUGCAGUGGAAAAAGAAUUAACGAAAUUCCAGCAGACGAUUCGAACCGAUGUUAAACUCCGAGAAUUCAUUGAAAAUCCUACGCUGAAACGCCACACAAAAACAGAAGCAGUAAAACAAAUUGCAAGUAAACUUGCGCUUUCGCCACCUACGGCAAAUCUUGUUACAUUACUGGCGGAGAAUGGCCGGCUGAAAAGUCUUGAAGGUGUUAUUAAUUCGUUCAAGACAAUUAUGGCAGCUUACAGGGGAGAAGUAGUUUGUGAAGUUGUGACUGCCAGCGCUCUCGAUGAUGCUACGAGGAAGGAACUGGAAGAUGCACUGAAGGGACACCUAAAGCAGGGGCAGACAUUGGUGCUAAACACGAAGGUCGACCCAGCAAUAAUUGGAGGUAUGAUUGUGAGCAUCGGUGAUAAAUAUGUUGACAUGAGUACCGCGAGCAAAAUAAAGAAAUAUACUGAUCUUAUUUCUGCUGCAGUGUAAGACUAAGUUUAUUGAUUAGCAAGGUUGACAGAAACCUGUUCUACAGCAUCAAGUUCAUAGUGAUACAUGCAAACCUUUAGUGUUUUACAAUAAACUGGAAUUAAAAAAAAAAAAAAACUUCCAUUUUCAUUGAAAACUGUUUUGCAUAAACCUCGGUUUGUUUAUAUGAAUAUAUACUGAAUGGUUUGUAAUUAUUACGUGUUUGUUUAAUUAUGACCAGAAUUCACGAUAUUUUCAAUCAUUAAAUGUUACCGGAAAUAAUAUAUUUAAAGCGAACUACUGUGAAAUAAUGCACUGGUGCAAUACACGUUUUGUCUUGUGCUCUUUGUCUGUUGCAGAUUAUGUAGUUUUCUGUUAAUGGAACUGUUGUUUAGAUUAAUAAAUUACUCAUGGAACUGCUA